CUACAUCUUGGAUGGCCAGUGGAUGAACGGCUUCCUGGAGAUUGUGAAGUCCCCACACCGGACCCACGUAAAACCAAACCCAACCAAAGUUUAGAACUGAGCACGUACAGCGCACUACUGCAAGACACAGCGAACAGUCGCUGGAAGGGACAGAGCAGAUCUGUGAGACUGAAGCUCUCCAAAUCUGCACCUCUCCGCUCCUGUGACCAGAGAGAGACUGACAGCUCAACGACUGCUGGGCUGGAGAUGGAUACUAUAUCAGAGCGAAACAUACGGCCUUUACUGGGCUAUGAUUGGAUAGCAGGCCUAGUGGACGCUGAAAGCUCUCUUGAAGAUCGUUCGGAGCAGUUCUUUAGCGAUCUCAGCGGAUUCCGUCUGGCCAAUCGAGACGAGUGCGUCCACAGCUUGUUAUCAGGAUUUCCAUCUGUUGCUGAUCUUGCAUCUUCCUCAUUUGACAGUGACGAGCCGCAGCCACAUACAGACACACAUCAGUGCACAUUCUGCUUCAGAAUAAACAGUCGACUGUUUGCAGUUCCGCUGAACGCACAAGCCGCCUGUCCAGUGUGCAAGAUGCCCAAAUCUGAACACCCUCAUACUGAAAGAGAGCCUGCUUUAAUCAGGGUCAGUAUUCCUCGCUCAACUCUGCUGCCAGUGUACAAAUACAAAGCCCAUCGCCGCAGCAGUUUUGACCCCUCUGACAGCCUGGGUUUGCCCUCGCACUGUUUGUCCGGAUGGUCCAAUCCCACCCUGAACUCUGGCUCUCAGAUGAGCAGUCUGGAUCUGCGGGGCUCCAUGGCAAAACCAGCGCCUACGGGAGGGUCAGCCUCAUCCUGGAUUGACAAUGAACUGGAUUCAUCCUUGCCCAAUGCAUCAAGACAUCGCCAUUCUGACCAGCUUCAAAAUGUGGUUCGUUUUCCACGGUAUCGCUUUCAGCAUUCAGAUCCAAAGAGGCCACAACUCCACGACGCUCUUGAGUGAUUGCAGAAGUUUUGUUCAAAAUAGAUUUACAGAAUUUUCUGGAUUUACUGAAAUGAAUACUUAAGUACACGUUGUUUUUCUGUUUGUGUAAUAAUGGAGCACAUUAAUCAUUUUGUGUGAAUUGUUGGCUUCUGACCAAUGGUAGUGUUUGCUUGUUUUGUGAGCUUUUUAAAAAAAAUUAUUAUUAAAUACAAUUAAUACACACACACACUGUCUCCAAUGUCUGUCAAAACAUUUGUCACAUCGAUGAAUGUAUGAACGAGGCAAUGGCAAAUAAAAGUAUAGUUACAGUAAUUAAUUAUAAUAAUAAAUAAAAACAGUAAU